CAGGCCGUUCCCCGGGCGGGGCAAACAAUUCCUCUGCCUUGCAGAACAAGGUGCCGCUCGAUCGCAACACGCGUCCCUUCGGAAAUUUGACCCUUCACUUCAGAAAGAGGUCUGAGAAAUGAGUAAGAGUAAGAAGAUUCUCUACCCGCAGUGGCAUCUCAUAGAGGACACCCUCCCCUUUCAUGGGGUGUAUGAUUUGUCCUGGCCCAGAACAGAUUUUGGGGUGGGCACCCCCAGGUCACAAAUCGGGAGAAGAGUGAAGACAGAAAACUGUGCCUGAGCAUUCCUGUAUAAUGUCAGACCCAUGUUGAUUCUGUUCCCAAGAUCUUUAAGGCGGCUGACUUCACAUCUGUAACAAUGGCUGACAUAAUAAAAGAAAGGAUUGAACUUCAAAUGGCAGAAUUAGAAAUGCUUUUUUCUAUGUUUCCUAAUAAAGGAGAAAUAACUCUUCAAGAUGAAAAUACUCUCCUUAAUGUUCAGAAAUACCUGAACAAUGCAAGUGAAAAUCUGCCACAUAACAUUGAAUACUCUGUUGCUGUUGCUGUUGAUGAACCAAAGGAAAAAGUAAAUUUGCAGGUAGCUUUGCCUCAUGACUACCCCCAGGUGCCACCACAUCUUUUUGCAAGAUCAAAUGCUCUAGACAGACAGCAACAACUGCAGCUCAACAAGGAUCUCACUUCUUUUAUUGCUUCUUUGGAGCCAGGAGAACUUUGCAUAUGUACAGCUAUGCAAUGGUUGGGAGACAACAGUGCACGCUACUUACAAAAUAGUAAAUCCCACUGUGAAAGUGCACCAAAAGAGAGAGUACUUAAAACGGUAUUUAACUGCAUGUGGAUUUACAGCCACCACAUAUAUAGACAAGAACUAAGAAAAAAGAUUUUUGAUUGCGCAAAUAAAUUAAAUCUCACUGGUUUCUGCCUAACUGGCAAGCCUGGGAUCAUUUGUGUGGAAGGUGUCAAAGAAAGCUGUGAAGAGUUUUGGCACGUUAUAAGAUAUCCCAACUGGAAACACAUUUCCUGCAAACAUGUUGAGAAUAGAGAAACUGAUGGAAAUGGGGAUAAUUUACGUCUCUUUCAGACUUUUGAAGAUUUACAGUUCCAAGCCCAUGGAGAUUAUGGCCUGAGGAAUGACUAUCACAUGGACCUUGGUCAGUUCCUAGACUUCCUUAAGGCGCAUCAAAGUGAACAUGUAUUUCAGAUCUUGUUUGGCAUUGAAGGCAAAUGUUCUGACAAUUAACAAAUAAACUGUUUUUAAUUUA